UGCAGUCUCUAUGCCUAAUAAUAGCAAACAUACAACGAAAAUAGCUAUGUUAUAUAGUAAUGGCGACCGUAUCUGUUAGAUCCAACCUGGAGCAUGAUUGAAGAAAAAAAUUCGAAUUACGUGUUUUCUCUAUGUUUCUAAAAUUGCAUAGCGAAUAUUAUACUAAGAGAAUGUCAUCUCAAUCAAUUGAUGAGAUUUACCAGCUGCGACACUUUCGACAAGAGGCACACUUGAGUUUUUCCAGUGGAAUGUAUUUUGGCAUUUAUCAUCUCGGUGUACUACAGGCUAUCAAAGAUUUCGCCCCACAGUUUACCAAACGCAGGGCUUUGGGGUCGUCAGCCGGAGCUCUAGCAGCUAGCUGCCUCGUAUGUGACGUGCCUCUUCAGAAAGCGAUUGAUGCUGUCACGAAAAUGGCGGUUCAUUGCAGAAGCCUGAUGUUCGGCGCACUGGAUCCGCGCUUCAAUAUCUCGCAAAUUCUGCGUUCGGAACUUUACGCAAUUCUGUCUCCCGAUGCGCAUAUUCGAGCCAAUAAUAAACUAUUUAUAGCUGUAACUCGCGCGUCUACCCUAAAACACAAGUUGGUAUCCGCUUUUCUCUGCUUUUCGUAGUGGAUGUAUCGUACUAAGCGAAUUUUGGUUGGUCGCCCUCUGUAUUAAUCGAAGGUUUC